CAUUUAUCAAAGUCACAUAAGUACUCAUCAUCACUAUUAGCGAUCGCCAUGAACUCACUCAGUGCCCCUCCAUUACCUCCAGGUUGGACGGAGCACGUUGGCCCUGGGGGCCAACCAUAUUACUACUACGCCAGGACACAAGAGUCUACCUACGUUCGGCCGCUCCCCGCGUUCCCCGUCAUCCCACAAGCUAUCGUACCACAGCCCUCAAAGAAAAAAGACAAACCAUCAGUUAAGACUCCCAUACCUGGCACCGAAUGGCUUCGCGUAAAGACGACAGAAGGGAAUAUAUUUUAUUCGCACAAGGUGAAGAAGCAGAGUGUGUGGACGGUGCCAGAGGAAAUCAAGGAUGCUCUUGAAGUCUUUGAGCGCGCUGAGGAACAUGAAGACGCGCAGGCGAAGCAACAACAGCAAGUAAAGGAAACAGGAGUGGAGAAGUUGACAUUUGAGGAGGAGCAGGAGCUCAAGCGGCUAAAGACAGAAAUGCAGGGUCUCGUGAAGCGAAAAGCAGAAGAACCUCAACCUCUGGACGAGGUUGUAAUUUCAAAAAAGGCACGAGUAGAGGAAGAGGAGGAAGAAGAGGAAGAAGGGGAGGAUGAGGAUGAAGAGGAGAGCGAGGAGGAGGAGUGGCAACGUGAGGCUGCUGCACAACUUGCUGCUGAAGCGGAGGAAGAUAAGAAGAGGCUGGAAGAAGAGGCCAAUAUUGCAAAGGAAGCGGAAGAGGCAGAGGCCAGGAAAAUGCAAGAGAACGAGAGGUCUCAGCUCAACAUGCCCAAUCGUGUCGACCUCUCUAUUGAGGAGGCUAAGGCAUUGUUCAAGACAUUACUCAGGGAAAAGGAUAUCAAUCCUUUGCACCCUUGGGAUACCUCAUUACCCUUGUUUAUAUCAGAUCCGCGCUAUGUUCUUCUCCCUUCGGUUUCAGCGCGUCGUGAUGCAUUCGAUGAAUACUGCCGGGAUCGCGCGCGCGAGCUACGACAACAAAAUGUCAAGAAAGAAAAAGCAGAAGCGAAUCCUAAGGAAGAGUAUGAACGACUCCUUAGCGAGGAAGUUAAGAGCACGAGAACAUCUUGGUCUGAAUUUCGAAGGACGUGGAAGAAAGACCGACGAUUUUACGGAUGGGGGAGAGAUGACCGAGAACGAGAGAAACGAUUCAAGGAGUAUCUCAAGGACCUUGGAGAGAAAAAGCGUAUAGCAGCUGAGAAGGCGGAGGCGGACUUUUUUGCUCUUCUACGAGAGAGCGGUAUGGUCAGGUCAGAUUCCCUAUGGAAAGACGUGAAACGAAAAGUAUCCCAUGACGCACGCUAUGAUGCUGUCGGAUCUUCCUCUCUGCGUGAAGAACUUUUCCAAACAUUCCUCAAGGCACAUGGGUCUUCAUCUUCAUUUUCAACCUCUGCUCGAGGCAAAGAUGAGACGGGUAAUAAUGUCACACAGGAAAAUUCUGAGCAAAAGCGCAGAGACAAGAAGGAGCAAGCCCUGAAAGAACGUGAACAGAAAGUUAGGGCUGAGCGUAGUCGAAUGGAUGCUGAAAUAGGGCGCUCUAAGAUGGGUUUAAAUAUGGAGGAAGGUGAAAGAGAAUUCCGCACACUGCUUACGGACGCGGUGCGAGAUCCACAGACCACCUGGGAAUCCAUACGUCCUCAACUCCAAACUGAUCCUCGAUUUAAUAACUCCCCCCUCCCAGUCAAUCAGCAGUUGCAUCUAUUCCAUGCGCAUAUGAGUCAGUUGCAGAUGAAACAUCUGGCCAGUCUACAUUCGCUGUUUCAAGCGCAUGCUCCAUCUUUGGCAACACCAUUCUCUGCUCUUCCUCUUGAAUCCCUGUUGAAAUCACUUCCGGUAACAAAGUUCGCCUUUGAUACACAUGAUCUCGAAAAGGAGUAUGAUAAAUGGCAACGCGAACGGACGUACGAAUGCAGGAAAGCAUUUGACGAGAUGCUCGCGGAAAACUCCUUUGUUGAGUUUUGGGGAAGAUUAGGUAAAAUGGGUGGCGAAGGAGCCGACGGAGGGGUUAAAGCAGACGACUUGGAUGAGGAUGAAGGCGAAGGCUUUGGAGGAAAUGUCGACAUGAAGGUGCUCGCAAAGAGUGUGGACCUUACAGAUAUCGAGAAAGUGCUCAAGAACGAUAAGCGAUACAUUAUGUUCGAGCACGUGUCAGCACAACGAGAACGAUGGUUAAGGUCAGUCACGUGGUAUCGAACACGUCAGUACUUUCACACAAAGUCAGAUCAUACCAUGCGUCUGCUGCAUCCUCUCAUCCUAUCAUUGUCAGCCCUUUCGGCAUGUGUUUUUGCGCAAGAUUCAGGUGCUACUGUGCACAAGGUCAAGCAUGACUACCAGAGUGAUGUUGCACGCAUGCGUAAGAUAGUUAUCAACAGUCUUUACUCGAACAGGGACAUUUUCUUGCGGGAGCUCAUCUCAAACGCCAAUGACGCACUCGAAAAGCUUCGCCUCACCGCGCUCACGGAGAAGAGUGUAUGGGAUGGCAUCUCCCCUUUGAACGUCAGUAUCAAAGCGGAGAAAAAUCCCGAUGGCCCGGGCGGUCGUAUCAUUAUUACCGAUACCGGCAUUGGGAUGAGUGCAACGGAAUUGACAAACAACCUGGGUACUUUGGCGAAGUCUGGAACUUCCGACUUUCUUUCGAAAGCAGGUAGCGACGACUCGACCGCAACUGGCAAUCUUAUUGGUGCAUUCGGGCUCGGUUUUUACAGCAGCUUUCUUGUAGCAGAUCAAGUCGUCGUCGCAUCUUUACCCCCGCCCUCGUCCAAUAAUCCUAAUCCUACCCAGACUGUCUUCAGUUCUUCUGCAGAUGAGGGAUCAUUCGAAAUAUACCCCGACCCACGCGGAAAUACCCUUGGUCAUGGAACUGAGAUUACCCUUUAUUUGAAGAACGACGCUUCCCAUUAUCUUGUGACUUCUAACCUUAUGAAGCUUGUUAACCAGCAUUCUGGAUUUUCGACUACCUUCCCGAUUUACAUCUGGUACGAGGUUGAAGAGGAAGUCCCCGAAGUAGAUGAGGAGGCCGUUCUAGACAAGCAGGAAGGAAAGCCUAUCGACACAGACGAGGAUGAAGCCGUGGUUGAGGAAGAAAAGGAAAAGGAGUCUGCAUCUCCCAAGAUGAAGAAAGUUACGGUUGGCCACUGGGAACACUUGAACUCACAGCCUCCCCUCUGGAUGCGGUGCGCUGUGGCAUUUGCUCUUGCAAGGAUAUAUGCUGAUCUUCCUGUCAGCGAUCCGAAGACAGUCACCGACGAAGAAUAUGAGCUAUUGUACCAGGGAACCUUCAAAGACUUCCAGAAACCCCUCGCAUGGCACCAUUUCCAUGGUGACUCGGAAUCCGGCGUGUCUUUUCGUGCACUCAUUUAUGUCCCUUCGCGUCUGACCGAAGAAUUUUUCAGCAGGCCGCUUGAUGCUUCAACAAAGGACGUCAGGCUCCUCGUGAAGCAUGUGUUCAUCACCUCUGACCUAGGCGAAUAUGGCUUGCCGAAGUGGGCUAGCUGGGUGAAGGUUAUCAUUGACGCUGAUGACCUUCCGCUGAAUGUCUCUCGUGAAACACUCCAGUCUAGCUCUUUCCUUAAGCAGAUCAAGCAAAUCAUUCUACGCCGUCUCAUUCAGCUCUUUUCUAAAAUUGCUGAAGAAGACCAGGAAAAAUAUGCGGAGGUCACGAAGGUCUAUGGCCAAGUCUUGAAACUCGCCGCGUCAGAGGACAGCAAAAACCGCGAGAAACUGGCGGCUCUUGUACGCUUUGGCACAAACCAACGAGAUGUUGUAUCGUUUGACUCGUAUUUGGAGAACAGGAAGCAAGGCCAGAAGCAGAUUUUCUACCUCGCCGACAUGGGUAAAUCGAUCGAACAUUUGUCUCAAAGCGUGUUUGUAGAAAAGUUGCACGCCCGCGGGUAUGAAGUCCUGCUUCUGAAUGAGCCUUUGGACGAAAUCAUGAUUCAAAGCAUCCGAAACUGGAAGGGUGUUCCGUUCCAGGAUGUUGCUAAGGCUGGACUGGAUUUUGGAGAUGACACCCCAGAGGAAAAGGAUACACUCGCUGAAUUGACAGAGAAAUACGCUCCCCUUCUUGAGUGGCUAAAAGUUGAGGCGGGAGACAAUGUUAAGAAUGUUAUUGUCUCUAACAGGCUCGUCACAAGUCCUUGUGCGAUUGUAGCGGAUAGCAUGGGUUUCACAGCAAAUGUCCAGAAGCUCAUGAGUGCUACAAACCGCGGGGCCCAGCAGAACGAUGUCAUGCAAGACUACAUGAAGAAGCAGAAGGUUCUGGAAAUUAAUCCGCGAUCGCCGUUGAUCGAGGGCCUUCUAGAAAACGUCGAGCAAUUGAUUACAGAUGGCGAUGCCAAAGACCUGGAUGCUGAGGCACAGCUCAAGGAGGUCGCCUCCAUCCUGAUCGACGGCGCUCUUGUUCGUUCCGGCUUUGAAGUUGCCAAUUCCAACAUGUUUUUGACUCGUGUUGACCGAGUACUCAGACGAUCACUCGGUGUCUCCGAGACUGCACCAACAGAUAGCACCGUGAAGCCGGCUCCUCCUGUUGACCCAGAGCUACCUAGUGAUAUACUCAUGGGUGAUGAGAAGAUGUUCUUCGAUCUUCCUGAUGAAAUGAAAAGCAACCAGUUUGAACUGGAGAUGGAAGAAAUUGACGAAGAAGGCAACGUUGUUCACGAUGAGCUGUGAUGUUAUCGUAGAGCUUGUAACGAUCUUGUAGCAAUUCAGGCUGGUCGAUAAUAAAAUCGUUUACAUACUUG